GCGAGUCAGCCAACGUGGUCCAGGACUCGUCUGUGUUCAGACUGCAGCAGAGCCCCCACAUUUCUCCUCUUCUGUAUCUUCUUCCUCUCCUCUCUGCACCACUCUUUCUACCCUCUUUCUCUUCUUCUCUUGCUGUUUUCCACUCCUCCUUGUAUAAUCUCUGCUUUGACUGUUAGCACUGCUUGCUCUCUCCUCUGCCCUACUCUUCACCUCCCAUCCUCUCCUUUACCUUUUUGGUCCCCUUUUUGUUUUGGUUUCUAAUCGGCGGAAAGAGUGAGAGGUUUUAUCCUUUUGAACUCUCUCCUGUCUGGCUCCCUCCUACACUCCCUAUGGGCAAUCGUGCAUCUGCCAGACAAGAGGCCCAUGGUCGUGGGGGCGGCUGUCAGACCAGCAAGGCAGACUCUCCGCUCCCAGAGGAGGAUGAGGAGAUCCUGGGCUCUGAUGACGAUGAGCAGGAGGACCCCAACGACUACUGCAGGGGUGGAUAUCACCAUGUGAAGAUUGGAGAUCUCUUCUUUGGGAGAUACCAUGUGAUCCGAAAGCUGGGCUGGGGGCACUUUUCCACUGUGUGGCUGGCCUGGGACAUCCAGGAGAAGCGCUUUGUGGCCAUGAAGGUUGUAAAAAGUGCUGAGCAUUACACCGAGACCGCUCUGGAUGAGAUUAAGCUGCUUAAAUCUGUGAGAAACACAGAUUCUAGUGACCCCAACAGAGAGAAAGUGGUGCAGCUUCUGGACGACUUCAAAAUUUCCGGAAUUAAUGGCACUCAUGUGUGCAUGGUAUUUGAGGUGCUGGGUUACCACCUGCUGAAGUGGAUCAUCAAGUCGAAUUAUCAAGGCCUGCCUCUGCCCUGCGUUAAAACCAUCAUACGGCAGGUUCUGCAGGGGUUAGACUACCUCCACACCAAGUGCAAGAUCAUCCACACCGACAUCAAACCAGAAAACAUUCUGCUGACCGUCAACGAGUCCUACAUCAAGAAAAUGGCCGCUGAAGCUACUCAGUGGCAGAAGACUGGCGCCGCGCCUCCGUCGGGUUCUGCAGUAAGCACAGCCCCAGCACCAAAACCGACGACCAAAAUGUCAAAGAACAAAAAGAAGAAGAUGAAAAAGAAGCAGAAGAAGCAGGCAGAGAUGCUGGAGAAGAGGAUCCAGGAGAUGGAAGUAGAAGCUAACGAGGGAGGAGAGGAGGAGGAGGAAGAGGAGGAGAAGGAGGAGAUAACAACAACAACAAUAACAACAGAGGCCACCGAAGAUUCGACUUUGGCAGCCACCCUCUCAAUGUCCGCCACGCUGCAGGACAUUGCUGACUAUACUAUUACAGACUCAACUCCCGAUGAGCAGAUACCAGAGGUAAAUGAGCGGAGUGAGAUGGUGCCCGAGAAGGGGAUGGUCAAAUGCAAUGGUCACGCUUCCCCACCGGAGGGCGGGACCAGUCCAGAGGCACAAGGGACCAAGCAGUCAACAGAGGAGCUGGAGGACCAACAGAAUGCAAACCAGCCAGAAAGUAACACAGAGACCCAGAGCACAUUAAGCAACAAAGAGCGUCAGACCUGUAACGGUUCACACAAGGACACCCCUGCCUCUCUCGUCCCAGAGUCUGUCACUGUAGAGCUGAAGGCGGGACACGAGGAGGACAAGAAUAGGAAGGAGAUAGACACUCAAGUUGAGACUGAAAAAGGGGAGGAAGACUGCAAAGAUGCAGCCUCAGGCAAUAUGUUGGUAAACCCCCUGGAGCCUCUUAACGCUGACAAGCUUCAGGUGAAGAUCGCUGACCUCGGUAACGCCUGCUGGGUGAACAAACAUUUCACAGAUGACAUCCAGACGCGGCAGUAUCGUUCUCUUGAGGUGCUGACAGGAACCGGCUACAGCACACCAGCAGAUAUCUGGAGCACAGCCUGCAUGGCCUUCGAGCUCGCCACCGGAGAUUAUCUGUUUGAGCCCCAUUCUGGAGAAGACUACUCCAGAGAUGAAGAUCACAUAGCGCUCAUCAUCGAGCUGCUAGGAAAAGUUCCUCGGAAGCUGAUCUCGGCAGGCAAAUACUCAAAGGAGUUUUUCACCAAGAAAGGCGAACUGCGUCACAUCACCAAGCUGAAGCCGUGGGGUUUAUUAGACGUGCUGAUGGAAAAGUACGAGUGGUCCAAAGACGAGGCGCACACCUUCAGCACCUUCCUGCUGCCCAUGCUGGACUUGGUGCCUGAGAGGAGGGCCACUGCGGCCCAGUGCCUCUCCCAUCCAUGGCUCACGUCCUAGAUGCCAGCCGUGCACGCCUCCACCCUCAUCUUGUGAAGAGAUAAAUUAAGUUUGGAGAUCCUGGGCUUGAAAACAUGCAAGUAAACAAACACGUUUAUGUGUGAGGCCCUGGGGCUGCAUUCUCAUGUCAUGGCUCUCGGAGGCUUCCCACACAUACACCCAUGAACAUAGUGUAAAGAGAUUGCUGCUAAGUCUUGGCCCCCUUUUGGAUUACGCUGGUGAUAGAAUAAACGUAUGGUCUUCCUCCUGUAGUUAUGGCUCUUUUUUUUCUGGCUGUGUAGGACUUAUUGACUUCGCCCUCUUUUUUUAUAUUUUCCAGUUUCCAGCUCUUUUUUUCCAGCACAUUGGUGCCGUGGUAUCAAAACUACAUACUGGUCAUCACUUAGGUCAUUAUUAAGACAAAUCUGUCUUUUUAGCUUACCAGUCGGCUUGUGUGUGCUAAAUAUUAAGUGUGUAACGCUAACAGCACUGUUAAGUUAGCAUCAACCUUCAAAGCUUUUGUACCUUUUGUAUAAGAACUACAUGAUCAGAAAGCAUACAUUUCCACUCAGGACAUCAUAAAUCACACAUUAUUUUUAAGGAAAACCCAACUGUGUAAUCUCCUUUUCUAUUAUUACUACUAGUUUCAUGGAGACUGUACAUGCAUUUUUAAAAAGCACUUAAAUAUAAUGUGAAAAAGAUUCUGAUGUUGUCUACGUGGAUCACACAUUUGCUUCAUAUUAUCGUUCCUACAUUAUCAGUCCAAUCAAACAAAAUGCGGGGCCACGCCCAGUGUGCAGUGCACCAAAGACUUUUUGUCACCAUACUGCUCUAAAUAUUGACGGCAUAAUGUUUGAUCUGUUUUUUUUACCCUUUGUGGCAAUCCCUUGAGGAAUGUUCAGGUGAUAUCCAGUCUGUAUUACGUGUUUCCACUGCACAUGGAGGUGUUUGGUUUGAAAAUAGAUUGCACUAAAAACAGAUGCUGUGAUAAUGCUUUGACUCUUCUCAAAACCAUUUUGCUUUUCUACGAAGUCUUCUCCUUCUGUCCAUGUUUCCACUCUUCGUUUGAUAGUUUCAUUUUCUGCUGUUAAUAAAAAUAAUUUUUCGGAAUUUAA